AUGGCGACUCGGGCCCGCGGCUUCUUGCUGCUCCUGGGCCGUGGGCCUGCGCGGGCCCCGGGAGUAGCCGAGCGCGCGUGGCGACGCUUCGGGAGCAGCGGCUUAGGACAUGAAGCCAUUAUCAUCUCAGGAACGGAAAUGGCCAAACAAAUCCAGAAAGAAAUACAACAAGGUGUGGAGUCAUGGGUUGCUCUUGGAAACCGAAGGCCUCACCUCAGUAUCAUUUUAGUGGGAGAUAAUCCAGCAAGCCACACCUACGUCAGGAAUAAGAUAAAAGCUGCCUCUGUUGUAGGAAUCUGCAGUGAGCUCAUUCUGAAGCCGAGGAAUGUUUCUCAGGAGGAACUUUUGGAUAUCACUGAUCAGCUGAACAUGGACCCAAGAGUCAGUGGUAUAUUAGUUCAGCUGCCACUUCCAGACCACGUGGACGAGAGAGCAAUAUGCAAUGGAAUUGCCCCAGAAAAAGACGUAGAUGGAUUUCACAUUAUCAAUAUUGGAAGACUGUGCCUUGACCAGCGUUCUCUGAUACCUGCCACUGCCAGUGCUGUUUGGGAAAUAAUAAAAAGAGCAGGAAUUGAAACAUUUGGGAAAAAUGUGGUUGUAGCAGGAAGAUCCAAGAACGUGGGUAUGCCAAUCGCCAUGCUGUUGCACACGGACGGAGAGCAUGAGCGCCCUGGAGGGGAUGCCACAGUGACAAUAGCUCACAGGUACACUCCCAGAGAACAACUGAAGACCCACACUCAGCUGGCAGAUAUUAUCAUAGUGGCCGCAGGUAUUCCCAGGCUGAUUACGGCUGACAUGGUGAGAGAAGGCGCAGCAGUAAUUGAUGUGGGUAUCAACUAUGUCCAAGAUCCUAUGACAGGGAAGACAAAAUUUGUAGGAGAUGUGGACUUCGAAGCUGUUAAGAAGAAAGCCAGCUUUAUCACUCCGGUCCCGGGAGGUGUGGGGCCCAUGACGGUGGCCAUGCUUCUGAGGAACACGCUCCUGGCUGCAAAGACCAUCAUCUACUAGGUCACAUGGGGAGGACACAAAACGAAUACUUCUGCUUACUUAUUUGACAACCAGCAAAAUCCUUUCUAUUUUACUACAAAGCUAUUU